AGAUUGGGCAGUGCUCCGAGCCGGCGUAAUAGGAUCACGAGGGGAGGGAGCAGGGCAGAGGAGAGGGAGGGGGAAAGAGGAGCGAGGAGGCGGAGGCUGUAGCUGUGACUGUGGCCAAGGAGAGCUUAGAACAGGGAAGUUUUGCAGGGGGUUACAUUUGCAGUCAGCUCAGUGUUUGCAAAUAUUGUGCAGGCUCCUGAGCAAGUGUCCUCUGCGAACCACAGGAGAAUAGAGCAGCGGCAGGAUUUGGAGACUUUGUUAAUUGCUGUGCAAUUACAUUUUGCAUGAAACUUUGCUCUUUUUUUUUUUCGUUCCCAAGCUCCAAAAGGAAUUAAUAUUUGUUUUUGUAUUUUUUUUUCUUCUCUGGAGUAAAGGGGGGGGUUUGGAAACAGACUAUAUAUUGAGACACCCCCCCACACACACAUCUCCUCUACCCAUAGAGGAGGCAACUGUAUUUUUGUAACCAGAAUUGACUUUGUUGUUGCAAUUUAGACAUGGAUGUUCUCCCAAUGUGCAGCAUAUUCCAGGAACUCCAGAUUGUGCACGACACUGGUUACUUCUCAGCUUUACCAUCUCUGGAGGAAUAUUGGCAACAGACGUGUUUAGAGUUGGAACGAUAUCUUCAAAGUGAACCCUGCUAUGUAUCUGCAUCUGAAAUUAAAUUUGAUAGCCAAGAGGAUCUCUGGACCAAAAUUAUUCUGGCACGUGAGAAAAAGGAGGAAUCUGAACUGAAGAGUACAUGUAGUCCAAAAGAGGACAGUCCUAGUAGCCAGAACUUAGAGACCAACAGUUUGAAUUCUGAUGUAAGCAGUGAGUCUUCAGACAGCUCUGAGGAACUUUCACCUACUACUAAGUUUACCUCUGAUCCUAUAAGUGAUGUUUUAGCCAAUUCAGGAAACUUGAGUUCAUCUGUCACUUCUACUCCCCCUUCUUCUCCUGAGUUGAGCAAGGAAACUUCCUCUCAGCUAUGGAAUUGUAUGCCUGGUGAAUUGCAUUCACCAGGUAAAAUUCGUACCGGUACCAUUGGAAAGACUGCAGAAAAAGGUACCCCAGUCAAUGGCGACUCUUCACCGGAUGGCCGGAGGCGUGUCCACAGGUGUCACUUCAAUGGUUGCAGGAAAGUUUACACCAAAAGUUCACAUCUGAAAGCACAUCAGCGCACUCAUACAGGAGAGAAGCCUUACAGAUGUUCAUGGGAAGGGUGUGAGUGGCGUUUUGCAAGAAGUGAUGAGUUAACCAGACACUUCAGAAAGCACACUGGUGCCAAGCCUUUUAAAUGUAGUCACUGUGACAGGUGUUUUUCCAGGUCUGACCACCUGGCCCUUCACAUGAAGCGACACCUCUGAAUGGGUCAAGAGGUGAAUCCUGUGGGCUAAGCGGCUUCAAGGUUGAACAGCCUUGAAAGGAGGGAUGCGUGUUCCAGCCAAAGCAUGCCAUUUUGCACCCUACCCAGUUGCCUCCAGGACCUCUCUUUCUUGAAGGUCUUUUGAGGGCUAAUAAGUCACGUAAGAAACGGCAUGGCAACCGUGGUGCGUGAUGUUUGGGGUUUCCUGGACUCAUACACUGGUACCUAACCUUCUGAGUGGCUCCUAAGCCUUUGCCGUGAGCAUGUGCACUGAGAAUGUUAAUGAUUGGGUGACUGUUUGUUACUGAGGAUCUAUUGAUGACUGUAUGCUGAGGCACAUUUUUUUUCUUGUGGUUGUUUUAUAACUGUAAGAGAAAAAAGUAGUCUGAAUGGUUUGUAUGUGAGGAAUAUCCUGCAAGAGGGGACGACCACCAAUCAUUUCCAAGGGGUGGGGGGAGGGGUGUCUGCACCUUUUAGAGGGGAAAAAUGGAGAGGAGAAGGAAAAGACACACACAAAAAAAAAAAAAAAAAAAGUCAGGACGCCAGAGUGGAGAUGGGGGAGCCCCCCUUUCCUGAAUGAGAGGAGCUUUAGGUGUCUGAUGCAGCUAUUAAACGUGCAAUGUGUCAAGUAGCUUGUUUUACUUGCUACAGAGCUCAUUUGUAAUCCAUUGUAUAAGCUGUGUAUUUACAAAUAUAACACAACUAUAACUUUUCAUUAUAAUACAGAGGUUAUUGCAUGGUUCUGGGGAACUAUAUGCUUUUCCAUUCUUUAAUCAGGACUGCAGUUUUGAUUCCAGUUAAGAGCAGCUAAAAUACAAUUGGUCUAAUGUUACAUAAUGUAUGGAACCUGAAUAAUUUUUUCGGUUGGGUGGAUAAAACCACUAUAGGUUAGAAACUGAUUUUUCUCAUGCAGCUAAUUUUUCUCUUAUUUAUGCCUUGAGGACUAAUUUCUGGUUUUCUAGCUGUUUAAUGCACUGUUGACCUUAAUAAUGGUGCCUUAUGCAAGUGACCUUCUCUUGCAGGGGGUCUUAUACAGGGGUAUGGGUGAUGCAUGCUUUAUUAAGGCUCCUUUUUCACCUGGCAUUGUACUGUAUCAAAUGUAUAAUGAGGAGGGUGGGGGGGUGGGGAAAAAGGCUACUUCCAGGGUCCUCCUUCACAAAGACAAAUAUAGAGAAAAGUCCUUCAUGUCAGUACAGUAUUUGUUUAACUUAGACAAUUUGACUGUGUUACAGUAUAAUGCAUACAGCAAUUGAAUACCUGACCAGUUCUGCCACCUUGAGACUUUUUUAUAUUGACCUUGCACAACAAUUGUGUAUAUACACACCCCAGCUGUACUUAAUAUGUAACGUUUCAUGCAUAUUAAAGAUACAGAAGUAUUAAAAGAUGUAUUUGCUUAAAAGGCACAAGUUUCACAUCUAUAUAUCUAGCUAUCUGUUGGUAAUACAGAAAGAAACUAUAAUACUUUUUUAAAGUGGGCAGAAAAAUUCUUGUGUGUGUAUAUUUGUGUGUACAGUCUGUGUAUGUGUGUAUAUAUAGAUAAUAUAUAAAUAUUUUUAAAGGAAAAAAAUUGGAAUGUGUAGCUAGAAAAUACAACAGCCUGUGAAGAUUUCCUCCCCCACCCCCUGGCUGUAAAGGAGGCAAAGAAAUGAAAGAUACAGCUAUUAAAAUCUAGCAUUUUUAGAGGCUUUACCUUUAGCAUAGCAGUUUACGAAAGGCUUUGUUGGCACUGAGUCCUCCUCAGACUGCUGACUGGCUUGUGUAGUUAUUGGCUUGUCUGGAAUAGCAUCUCUGUGGCCAUUAAAAUGGCACGGACUGAAUAUUCGUACACUAAAAGAAUGCUAGCUGGGUUCAGAUGACAUAAACUCAGAUUUUGGCCUUCCAGUUUAUUGGAGGAUCUGAAAGGGAGCUAGUUACUGCAGGGGUUGAAUUUUAAUUUUAAAUAGUUCUGCUAAAAUGAAGACAUAAGGCACUUUUCUCCCAGAUUAGAAAUAGUUUGUCCCAAAGUAGUAAACCUUUUUUAGAAAACCAGCUCACCAUCACACUGAUGCAGUUAACCAUGUAAUUUUUUUGGGGGGGAAGGGGGGUCUUGCUUACUAUGCUACUAUUUUGGCAGAACUUCCAGGAAAUGAGUGUGUAGAUAAGUGGUUUAAAAAAGAAAAGUAUAUGCAAAUUUUCUGGUUCUAAGGAACACACAGGCCUAAAUUCUCAUUUCAUUUUUGUAUUAAAAUACCUGAAAAUGCACUUUUUUUUUUUUUUUGGGAAAAACAAAACAACAAAAAUCCCAGAAAAUGGAUUUACUGUUCUGUUUUUUUUUAAAAAAAAAUCCUUGUUUGCAGUGCUCUAUGCUUACCCAUAAUUCUGAUAAACAAGAAGGUAAAUAAAUUUAAAAAAACAAACAAAAAACACUUGCACUGGCUUGUCUCAAUUGUGAAAUACCAUCAGACUUGUUUAGAUGGGGUGGGGCUUUGUGCCAUAUGUCAAAUGCCUGUAGUUUUUCCAAAUAAGCAAGUACAUUCUGUUCAGGUGAUAACUGAGCCUCAAUCAAGCUGAAUAAAUAAAAAUUAAAAAAAAUAUUGCUUGAAAUUUAAGACAAAAAAUGUUUCUAUUAGUGAAAUUUGUUUUUUUGUUUUUGAAGCACCCUGUUAUCUAAAGAAUCUCUUUGUAAGAUUUUUGUAAAAAUGUUUUGUUUUACAAGAUUUUAUUUGAAAUUGUUUUUUGCAAGAUUGUUAUAUUUCUGUAUGAAUGUAUUUUUUAUUGGAAUAACAUAAAAAAGAAAUUCUUAUCAGCA